AUGUGCCUCCGGCAAAGGCCAUUCAUCUACAUUACUCGAAAAAUCACCGACAUUUUCCAAGCUGAUCCAAUCAUUUCUUUAGCUAUCACAAAGGUUUCAGUAAGAGACAAAUCUCGUCUUCAUCUCAAUAAAUGGAAACGUUAUGUGUUAAAUAUUAGCGCUUACGUUUGCACAGCGAUUGCAUUGGGGAUAAUUGAAGCUGGGUUGACAUCGGUGAAUAUGUCGGAAAUCGAGUUCCUCAAUCCUGAGCUUUCCGCAUAUUUUCUCUCAUCUGAUUUCAAUUGUGCCGUUUUUCGCUCAUACGUCACUUAUAUGUCAAUCGUUGUCAGCAUUGGUGCCUUUGGGGCAUUUGCUGUGAUGAUCUUCUUGGUUCUUCACUCAUAUCUUUCAAUUCGGAGACAUAUGAAUAUGCAUAAAAAGAUCCAAGAGCUAGCGCUGAAUCUCUUGUAUUCAAUGUCAGCACAGGUUUUUGUUUUUUCGAUUCUUCUCUUCACUCCAUUCACCGUCCUCGUCAUUUUGUAUGUGAAUCGAGCGGUCGCUUUUACGCAAGCGUGGGCCAUAGCUACAAUCAUUUUCUCUUCUCACAACAUCUGCUCCUCGAUCACGCUGAUUGCUUCAAGUCGAAAUUAUCGAAAAGCUUCGAAAAAACUCUACAAAACGUACAAAAUGAUGCUAGAGAGAAGGAAAUCUUCAACAGUCACCGUCACGCCGAGUAAAGGACACCGAAUGGGCACUCAAACAAUGAAGAAU